AUGGAGGCGACAAAUUCCCUGGGAGUCUCCGCGGCUCUCACGAUCAUCCUUCUGCUCGCGGGUUCGGACCACGCGUUCCAGUUUUGGCCCGACACUUACGUGACGAUCACCGACGAUAUCGCUCGGGGCGUGGCCCUGACGGUGCACUGCAAGUCCAAGGAGGACGAUCUCGGGGCGCACGUCCUGCGGUUCGGGGAACGGUACUGGUUCAAAUUCCAAACCAACUGGUGGAAAUCCACUCUCUUCUUCUGCAGGUUCGCGUGGAGGGAGGAGGCUAGAUGGUUCGAUAUAUUCGUGGCGUCGAGAGAUCAAGACACGUGCACCAAGUGCAAUUGGUCCAUCAGAGCAGACGGUCCAUGCAGGAUCGGGAAAGGUGGUAAGUGUUAUCCAUGGAACAAGUCCGCAAGCUUAGAAACUUUGAAAUACUAA